GGAGUGAUCGCACACGCGUGAGGCGCGGAGCUCCAGUAGGAGGAGACGUAGAGAGACGCCGGCUGACAGCGCUCGAGUUCGGCAAAGUUUCGCGCAGACACUGACGCGCGUUUGUUUACUUUUCCCCGUGUGUGUUUAUGAGCGCGGCCGGUCGUCUCACUCACGGCCCGUCGCUCCAGCUCUCCGCCGGGAAGAUUUUGUCCGGUUUAUAGCAUGUUAUCCAGUCAGAUAAGUGGAAACGGCUCCGGCGCGGGGAAGAGCGCGAGCGCUGUGCUGAUGAACAGCGGGGUCCGGUCGGGGUUCGCGGGAAUGCUCGGAGGGAACCCGGGAUCCAGAGGAGGCGUCAGACCGGGAAACGCGAGCAUGCUGGGACUCGGUCAGGGGAUGGUCGGGAUUCCCGGGAGGUUCGAGUCGGAUAAAGCGGGCGCCCCCCACAGGUGCAGCGGCUCGGAUUUGGACUCUGACUCGGGCGACGAGGACGAGAUCUCCGGCCGGAGGGGAGGAGGCGUCAAGCGGGAGAGAGCGGAGAUGGAGGCGACGAUGGUCGCGCAGGAAGCCGGGUUACCCUCACUGGUCGCGGGCGGAGCGGCCGGAGCGAAGCCCGGUAAGAAGACGCGGGGAAGAGUGAAGAUAAAGAUGGAGUUUAUAGACAACAAACUGCGGCGGUACACGACCUUCAGCAAGAGAAAGACCGGCAUCAUGAAGAAGCUGUUUACCAUUAACACCAGUUCAAUAUCCCAGCAUGCAUGUGUUCGGACUCGUACUCCAACAGGACUCCCAACUGGUCUAUUGGUUCCUAUCCGUCAGGCCUACGAGCUCUCCACGCUCACAGGAACACAAGUCCUGCUGUUAGUGGCCAGCGAGACGGGUCACGUCUACACGUUUGCAACACGCAAAUUGCAGCCCAUGAUCACCAGCGAGACGGGAAAAGCGCUGAUCCAGACCUGUCUGAACUCUCCGGACUCUCCGCCACGAUCGGACCCGUCCACAGACCAGAGGAUGAGCGCCACGGGCUUCGAGGAGACGGAUCUCACCUACCAGGUGUCCGAGUCAGAAAGUCUUGGUGAAACCAAGGACUCUUUAAAGCCGACGUUCACCGUGGCAAGUCUGCCUGGCAGCAGCAGCUCUCAGACCACCGUACCCACCACCUCCACCAGCAUGCAGGUCACCAGCGGCCCCAACUUCCCCAUCACCAACUACCUGGCACCCGUCUCUGCCGGCGGCAGCUGUAACUCCAUCGCAGGAGCCAACGGUACGGUUCUGAAGAGCGGAGGAGCGUCAGGCGUCAUGCAGAUACCCGGAGGAUUUACCUUCAUGUCAGGCACUCCGUUUGCGCCCGGGACUUCCACCAUUCCUCUGGGUCAACUGCAGCAACAUUCACUCGCCCUGCACAGUUCACUGGGACAGAGCGCCUCAUCCACCCUAAACCACCAGCAACAGAACCAACAGGCUGUGUUCCGCCUGCCCGCCACCGUUUCCCUCGCCAGUGGGUCUUUACCCCAUCAGAUCCAGACCAUACAGGUUCAGCCCAGCAGUCAGUCUGGAUCCAUCAGCACCAGCAACAGCGGCCCAGAGAGCAGCAGCGCAUCCACUGUCAGUCUCCCAGCAACCAUUGUCACAUCAUCAGUGCCCACCUCUAUGGCAGGUCACAUGAUGUAUUCCAGCCCGCACACGGUCAUGUAUGCGUCAGCUCCUACUCUUACAGAGGGGGGUCUGACUGUACUCAAUGCCUUCUCACAGGGACAGUCUGCCAUGCAGGUGUCCCACGCACAACACCACGACACAGGUGGUGUUUCUCAGGUGUUUCUCACCGCGUCUCCUGGCACCGUUCAGAUUCCCGUCUCAGCGGUUCAGCUUCACCCAGUACGGCAAGAUCAGCAUUUCACAAAUGGUGAUUGGUCAACAGUCCAGCGGCAGCAGUAACCUGACGGAGCUUCAGGUCGUCAAUCUCGACGCCUCACAGAACGCCAAGAGCGAUUCAUAAAGCCGACAGAGACUAACAGUGUUAUUUAUGAAUGCCUUUCUACGCUUUUCUACAGUUUGUCAUCAGUGUGUGUGUGUGUGUGUGUGUGUGUGACAACAGUUUCUACUGUACACGUGUGUCACCUCCUGCAGCCGUGUGUGUGUGUGAAUGCAGAUGAAAUCAGUGUUAGAUGCCAGGCAUUCUUUAUUUUUGUAUUGAAGUUGUGCUUCACGUAUGCGAGUUGUGUUGUUUGUGAGCGUCUGGCUUGAGGUACACUGGGUAAUAUUUCUGUUAAUUUAACCUUAAGUAAAAAAGACAAAAAGACAUUUGGAAAUGUACAUAACCUCUUUUUUAAUAUUGGAGUUUUGUUUCGCCUGUUAGUGUGAUGGCAUGUAGCUGUUUUUAUAGAUAUUUUGUACUGUUUUGUUUUGACUCAACAUGUAAAUGAAUGUAAUGUAAACAUAUUAUAUUGAUUUAUACACAGUACCAUGAUGACAAAAUGCACAAGUUAGUCUUGGAUUCUGUUGAUCUCUCUUGUAAAAUGAUUGUGCCAAAUCACCUCUGACAAGUGAAAAGGAGAGAGAGAGAGUAUUUAUUCCUCCCGUCGUGUAACACACUGAUGCCUUCAUCUGGAGCUGCAGACCCACAUCAAACUCAACUCAAUCAGUGUGUAUCAUGACCAUCAAACUGCCUGUCAAUCAAACCGCCUGUCAAUCAAACCGUAAGCAGAGAAUGAGCAUCUCUACAGUCAGCUGACAACAUCACGCUUUUGUGUGUUUUUUAUCAUGUGUUAUUGGGGUUAUUAGUGGGAUUUGUCAAGAAAAUAUUUGUUUUGUUCUGAUCUUGAGUGACUCUUUCAUUCGUUUCUUCACAUCAGUUUGUCAGCUGACAGAAGAUGAUUUACUAAACUUAUUUUUGACUUCAUAUGAAAUGAGUCUGGUUUAUUUUGUAUAAUGUUUGUUGUUGAACAUUUGGUAUGUAAUACAUGCCAUAAUAAAUGCGGAAAGAUUAGUUUUUUUUCAUAUUUAUAUCUUCGUCUUCUCGGUUUAUAAGAGAUUUGAAAUUGGGUUAAAUUAGUUUGAAAUGGGUUUUGAAGUUAGUUUGAUAACGUUGAAGUUCUUCUGUUGUGAGAUCAUGUGUGAUGUUCAUUUUCAGACACAUUUUUAUUAUUAAAACACAUCUUGUCAA